GGUCUGGAGGAGAUGAAGAAACUACUGCUACUGCUUCUGGGCUGUGCUGUUCAGUGUGAGAAAAAGGAAGAUUACAUCGAACGCAUCCAGACUCUGGAUUUCAACACCAAAGCUGCCAUCGCUUCCCACAUCCAAGAGGUAACGCACAACCCGGAGAAUGUCGUGGACCUGCAGUGGCUGGAAAGUGGGGAGCUGCCCGCCGAGGACCUGGCAAGCCUAUCCAGGAAUCUGGCCUUUCAUCUCAAACACGUGGUGGAUGACAGGGACACGCAGCUGGAGACUAUCGUGGAGCUGACCCAAGAGAGGGACUGUAUUCAGCUGUCUCCGCUGGGUACCGGUCCGGCCCAGUCGCCCAACGGCUCCCCCAGCAUGAGGAGGACAGAGAGCCGACAGCACCUCUCGGUGGAGUUGGCUGAUGCCAAGGCUAAGAUUAGACGUCUGCGGCAAGAAUUGGAAGAGAAGAGCGAGCAGCUUCUUGACACACGGCAGGAGCUGGAGAACAUGGAAGUGGAGCUCAAGAGGAUCCAACAGGAGAGCUACCAGCUUCUAUCAGACGCUCGCUCGGCCCGGGCGUACCGCGACGAGCUGGACGCCCUCCGAGAGAAAGCCAUCCGCGUGGACAAGCUGGAGAGCGAGCUGUGCCGCUACAAGGAGAGACUCCACGACAUUGAGUUCUACAAGGCCAGAGUGGAGGAGUUGAAGGAGGACAAUCAGGUCCUGCUGGAGACCAAAACCAUGCUGGAGGAGCAGUUGGAUGCCAGCAGGAGCCGAUCUGACAAACUGCACCUCCUGGAGAAGGAAAAUCUGCAGCUAAAAUCCAAAAUCCAUGAUCUGGAGAUGGAGCGAGAUUUAGAUCGCAAGCGAAUGGAGGAGCUGUUGGAGGAAAACCUGGUGCUGGAAAUGGCCCAGAAACAGAGCAUGGAUGAGUCCUUACACCUGGGCUGGGAGUUAGAACAACUGUCCAAAACACCAGAGCUGACUGAAGCACCUCAGAAGUCCCUCGGUGAAGAGGUGAAUGAGCUGACAUCCAGUCGGCUGCUAAAAUUGGAGAAGGACAACCAGACGCUGCAAAAGACGGUGGAGGAGCUCCGGGGAGGCACUGGUUCGGACUCGGUGGCCAAACUGGGCAAAGUCAGCCAGGAGAAUCAGAGGCUGAACCAGAAACUGGAGCAUCUGGAAAGUGAACUCGCGGCCGAGAAAGAGUCACUCCACAGCGCCGAGUCUCUGAGCACGGAUCUGAUGAAGGAGAAAGCCUUACUGGAGAAGACGCUGGAAACGCUGCGGGAAAAUUCCGAGAGACAGCUGAAGGGUCUGGAACAGGAGAACAAGCAUCUAAGCCAGACGGUGUCAUCCCUGCGUCAACGCAGCCAGGUGGGCGCCGAGGCUCGUGUCAAGGACGUGGAGAAGGAGAACCGCAUCCUCCAUGAGUCCAUCUGCGAGACCACGGGCAAGCUCAACAAGAUGGAGUUUGAGCGGAAACAGCUGAGAAAAGAACUGGAGUCCUUGAAAGAGAAGGGCGAGAGAGCGGAGGAGUUGGAGAUUCUGAUACAGAAGUUGGAGCGGGACAACGAAAGUCUGCAGAAGAGAGUGGCCAGUUUGGGAAUCACCUGCGAGAAGGUAUCGGCGUUGGAGAAGGAGAACACCGACCUGGAGGCGGAGAGCCGGCGCCUCAAGAAGAAGCUGGACAGUCUGAAGAACAUGGCCUUCCAGCUGGAGGCGCUGGAGAAGGAGAACUCGCAGCUGGAGCAGGAGAACCUUGAGGUGCGACGCUCGGCCGAGAGCUUCCGCUCAGCCGGGGUCAAGGCCGUGCAGCUCGAGGCCGAGAACAGGGAACUGGAGAGCGAGAGGAGCCAGCUUAAGCGCAGCCUGGAGCUCCUCAAAGCCACCUCCAAGAAAACAGAGCGAUUAGAGGUGAGCUACCAGGGCCUGGACACCGAAAACCAGCGCUUGCAGAAAGCGCUGGAGAACAGCAGCAAGAAGAUCCAGCAGCUGGAGGCCGAGCUUCAGGAGGUGGAGUCCGAGAACCAAACCCUCCAACGCAACCUGGAGGAGCUCAAGAUCUCCAGUAAGCGUCUGGAGCAACUGGAGCAGGAGAACAAGACGCUAGAGCAGGAGAGCUCCCAACUGGAAAAGGAUAAGAAGCUCCUGGAAAAGGAGAAUAAGCGGCUGAGGCAGCAGGCAGAAAUCCGCGACUCCAAGCUGGACGACAGCAACCAGCGAAUCACCAUCUUGGAGAAAGAGAACCGUACCAUGGGCAAGGAGAUGAUCUUUUUCCGGGACUCGUGCACACGGGUCAAAGACCUGGAGAGAGAGAACAAGGAACUGGUCAAACAAGGCACCAUUGAUAAGAGGACCCUCAUCACGCUGAGAGAGGAAUUGGUAAGCGAGAAGUUGCGCUCUCAGCAGACCAACAACGACCUGGAAAAACUGACGCAUGAGCUGGAAAAGAUUGGACUAAACAAGGAGAGGCUGCUGCUCGACGAGGACUCCGACGAUAGGUUUAAGCUCCUAGAAAGCAAACUGGAGUCAACGCUGAAGUCCUCAUUGGAGAUCAAGGAGGAGAAGAUCGCUGCCCUUGAGGCCAGACUGCAGGAGUCGUCCACUUUGAACCAGCAGCUUCGCCAGGAACUCAAGACCGUGAAAAAGAACUAUGAGGCUCUGCGUCAAAGGGAGGAGGAGGAGAGGAUGGUGCAGAGCUCGCCCCCUAGAGGUGUGGAGGACCCCCAGGCGGUCAGCAAAUGGGAAAAGGAGAGCCACGAGGCCACCAGGGAACUACUCAAGGUCAAGGACAGACUCAUCGAGGUGGAGCGGAAUAAUGCCACGCUGCAGGCAGAGAAGGCGGCGCUGAGGAGCCAGCUCAAACAACUGGAGACGCAGAGUUCCAACCUGCAGGCUCAGAUCGUGGCCGUGCAGAGACAGACCGCCUCUCUGCAGGAGAACAACACGACGCUGCAGACUCAGAACGCCAAGCUGCAGGUGGAAAACUCCACGCUGAGCUCGCAGGGCGCCACCCUGAUGGCGCAGCAUGCUCAGCUGCAGGGCCAGCAGAGCAGUGUGGAAAGCGAGCGCGAGGGAGCGCUGCGGGAGAAAGAGGAGCUCAGGUCCACGUACGAGCUGCUCCUGCGCGACCACGAGAAGCUGGCGGCGCUCCAUGAGAAGCAGGCGUCCGAGUUCGAGGUGCUCAUCGGCAAGCACGGCGGCCUGAAGAGCUCCCACAAGAGUCUGGAGCAGCAGCAUCGCGACCUGGAGGACAAGUAUAAGCAGCUCCUGCAGAGGAAAGGAGAUCUGGAGGAGCUGGAGAAGAACCUCAAGGAACAGCAAGACAAAAUGUCCGCAGAGAAUCAGGGCCACCGUGCUACGGCCGACCACUGCAAAUUGCUCAAAGAGGAAAACGACAGACUAAACACCACAUACCGCCAACUGCAGAAGGACAACGAGAACUUCCAGCUGGACCACAGGAGCAUCAAGAGUCAGCUGAAUGGCGCCAAGCUGGAGCAGACCAGGCUGGAGGCCGAGUUCUCCAAGCUGAAGGAGCAGUACCAACAGCUGGACAUCACCUCCACCAAACUCACCAAUCAGUGCGAGCUGUUGAGUCAGCUGAAGGGCAACCUGGAGGAGGAGAACCGACACCUGCUGGACCAGAUCCAGACGCUGAUGCUGCAGAACCGCACGCUGCUGGAGCAGACCAUGGAGAGCAAAGACCUGUUCCACGUCGAGCAGAGACAAUAUAUUGACAAGUUGAAUGAACUGAGGAGGCAGAAGGAGAAGCUGGAGGAGAAGAUCAUGGACCAGUACAAGUUCUAUGAUCCUUCACCGCCACGCAGGCGCGGCAACUGGAUUACGCUUAAAAUGAAGAAGUUCAAGACCAAAAGCCGCGAGCGAAUGCGCUCUCUCACGCUGACGCCAUCCCGCUCAGAGUGCGGCGACGGCUUCCUGUCCUUCCCCGCCGACAGCCAGGACAGCUCUUCGGUCGGCUCCGGGUCCAACUCGCUGGAUGACACGCUCGCGCACAAGAGGAGCAGCAGGAGGAGAGGCCAACGGUGCCUUGUUCAAGGGCAGGGCUCCAGCAAUGCUUUAAAAAGGUUGCCUUUCAUGAGGAACAGAUCCAAGGACAAAGACAAGGCCAAGGCCAUCUACCGGCGCUCCAUGUCCAUGAACGACCUUCUCCAGACCAUGACGGUGGCCGGCGUUCCGGGCGCCGACUGGGCAGGCAGCACGGAGAACCUGGACGGCGGCGAGGCGGGAGAUGUGGGCGGUGGGCGCCGCGAAGGGGGCGGCGGCCAGCGCAUGAAGGAACUGGCCUUCUCCACCAACGCCAUCGACUGCGCCACGCUCACGCUGCCCUCCUCCGCCCACAGGAGGGCCGCCCACAGGCUACAGAUCAAAGAUGAUGCUUCCUGCGAGGAUGUCGCUGGCUCCUCGGAUGAUCCAAAGAGUCAAGCCUCCAGACCCUCCAGUCUCCAUAGCAACAGGACCACCAGUAGUAAUAGUAACAAUAACUCCCAGCUCACCUCUCCCCUGGAGGCAAAAGGCACGUUCAACGGCAGCACAAGUCGUCCUCACAGCGAGAGCAGCGGCGAGUUCAGCUUGAGUUUGGAGCAGGAGGCCUGGUCCAGCAGCGGCAGCAGUCCCGUCCAGCAGGCUUCGUCGUCCCGCUCGUCCCGCCAGAGCCCCGGACCCACGCGGCAGUCCCUGGAACCCGCCGCCACGCCUGGUCAGAUCAGGAAAACGGCAUCCCCGGGCAGCGAGGUGCUUUCUCUGCAGCAGUUCCUGGACGAGGGAAUCGACCCUGCCGAGUCGGGCAGUCAGGAAAACCUCACAGUGGAAUCCCCCCGCCUCACCAUUUCUUCUGAACGCGCGCAGAAGGAGCACCCCGCCAUCCGGGGCCGCGGCAUCCUGCGCUCCUCCAGCGGCAAAGCGGCGCCGGUCACCGCCGACCGCCCGCCGCGCUCCUCGGGCCAGCCGGGGCGACCCAGCCUGCGCAAGGCUGAGAGCACCCGCGUGAGGGGCUCGGUCCGGCCCACCCUGUCGGCCCAGGCUCGGGCCACGUCGGUCUCAGAGCGACUGGACCGGGCGUCGGCGUCCACAUUACCCCGCGCCAGUAGCGUCAUCUCCACGGCCGAGGGCAGCUCGCGGCGCACCAGUAUCCACGACAUGCUGUCCAAGGACAACCGGCAGCCCGUGUCCGUCGACGGGGUCCAAGCCCCGCCCGAACCCAAUGUGGAGGGCAGAAAGUCAAAAAGCAGAAGUGGCGAGUGCUAAGCGCCACACGUGGUGGUCUUGGAGGUCCGAAGCCUGGUAGACAGACGGCGUGUAUACCGCGAGGAAAACGAUUGUAAACUCCCACCAUUUUGUUUAGUUGCCUCCCAACCCUUCAGUCGAGAAAAUGGCUUCCUUCUGUUUUGUUUUUCUUCCUUGAAUCAAGGAAACGGACGAAGAUGUAUCCAUUUUGUCAUUGUUUUCUACCCCUUUGUUUUUCGUAUAAUUUUUACCCCCCACCCGUGUGCCCUCUGCUGUGAUGUGCACUACUCUUUGUAAAGACAACAAUUCAAGUGCCAAAUCACAGCCUCCACCACAAUCUUCCCUCUACCCCCCACAAAAAAACAAAAACUGGAUGAUUCCUUUUGGAUCUUCUGUGAACUUUAAUCAAGGAUGACAGCAUGUACACGUGUGUUGCAUACAUUCAGCAUUGUGGACCUCCAAAAUGGGCAUGACGGCGCAAACAGCGGACCAAAUGGAACGCUUCCUGUACUGUUGGGAUUUUGGGAGACAAGCCAUGAGUGUCUGAUAUGAAAAGUUUGCACACCCCCUGUUCAAAAGACAGGUUUUUUUGUGAUGUAUAUAAAAAAGACACCAAGAUAAAUCAUUUCUAAAUGUUUUCCCCAUUAAUGUAACCUGCAACUGAAAAAAUGUGGUUGCACAAGUAUGCACACCCUCUUAUCACUGGGAUGCGGCUGUGUUCCAAAUUAACAUUCAAACUCGUGUUAACUGGGAGUCAGCACACACCAGCCACCAUUUAAAGUGCCUCUGAUGAACCCCAAAUAAACUUUGGAUGUUCUAGCCGGCUCUUUCCAACAUUUUGUGGUCAGUUCCGACAGCACAGGCAAUCUAUUUUAUGAAUGAUUUAUCUUAUAUAUCAAAAUAAACAUGUCUUUGAACAGUGGUGUGUAAGACUUUCUAUGGACUGUGUGAGGGAUGCUUCGACAAUAAUGUAACACCUUAGCUAUCACUUAAUUCCAUAGUUGUUUUUUUUUUUGUCAUCUUGCACUCUGGAAGACCUUACCAAAAGCACACACACAUACAGUACAUGCGCGCACAUUCUGUGAACAAAGUGCAUUCUUGUUGCUAUGGCGAUGCGUUUUCCCUCAGUUUCCAUUUUUACACAAACCCAUUUGAUGUAAUUAAAAUUCACAAAUUAA